GGAAGAGGAAGAGGGGGAGGAAGGGAAGAAGAGGAAGGAGGUCAAAAUGGCCACCAUCCGCCUGGAGAUCUUUCCUACAGCCGUCACGGAAGAAAAGCUUCAGGAAGCCCAGGAGAAGUCCCUGCGUCGCAUUUUUGGGACCACCCAGACCUUACGGUAUAUCAAAAGUCCUCGCAAAUGGGGGACCCUCGAAGACAUCCUGCAGGAACGAGCAGAGGAGCACUGCCGAGACGGCAAGCAGUUUUUCUCCCAGGGAGAGUGGGAAAAAGCAAUCACCUGCUAUACCAAAGCCCUGAACUUGGAUCCUAAGAAGGUGGAGCUGUAUGAGCAGAAGGCGGAAGCUUUUCUUCAGCUCUGUGACUUCCAGUCCGCUGCUCUCCACCUCAGGAAGGCGUAUUUCAUGACCCUGGCGAAGGAAGAAUGCUUGGCCCGCCUGGCCUUCAUUUUAUACCUGCAGGGUCAGAGCCUGUACGAGCAGCAAGUCUACCUGGACGCUUUGGAGUCCUUCACUCAGGCCUCCGAGCUGCAGCCGAAGAAUCCCCUUUAUCGCAGGAGGAGUAUCUCCUGCCUGGCCGCCUUGAAAAGGUACAACGAGUGCCUCCAGAUGGUCAACGAAGAGGUGGUUCGGGAUCAGAAGAACGCGGAUCUCUUUGUCCUCAGGGCUCGACUCUAUGAAUACUUCGGGAAGCCCACCCUCUGCUUUUAUAACCUCCAAGACGCUCUCGCAGUGGAUCCUGAGCACACCGAAGCGCAGCUCUUGCUGGAGAAGUUGAGAAAGAACGCUCAGAAGAACAAGGACCAGGCUGUAAGCAAGGCCCUGAAGGGGAACCUGCAGGGGGCGCUGUUGAAAAUCAACCGUGCCAUCGAGAACAUCCCCCUGGAAGCGGACUACAUGCUAUUCAGGGGGAGCAUCCUGCGUCGGCUGAAGGACUUCAGCAAGGCCAUCGAGGAUUACCACAAAGCGACGGAGAUCUGCAAAGCGGAGGAGGGCAGCCAGGUUGGAGCGGAAGCCCGGGUGCAGAUGCUGCUGACAUACAAUGACUUCGCCGUCCAGUGCUACACCAAGGGUCUCUACGAAGAGGCAGUUUUGCUCCUCAACAAAGCCAUCAAGGGGGAGAAGAAAGAGAAGGGGCUUUAUAUCAACAGAGGAGAUUGCUUCCUGAAACUGGGUGAGCUGAACUUUGCCAUCGCGGAUUACCAGCAAGCCCUGGACGUGGGCCCCAUAGACGCUGGCCUGCAGAAGCGCAUUGCUUGGUUGUACAACACGAUGGGACUCCAGCAGUUCAAAAAGAGGCGAUACCCAGAGGCAGAGGCGUACUUCUCCCGUGCGAUCGAACAGAACCCUCUCGAGCCUCAGCAUUACCUGCAUCGCUGCAAGAACCGGAAGUUUCUGCAGGAGGUGGUGGGCGCCAAGGAAGACAUGGCCACAGCCCUGCUCCUGAAUCCCGAGAACGAGGAGAUCCACAUGCUCUCAAACAGCCUCUUUCGCGGGGAGAGCAUUCAGGAAGUCAUCCAGAGUAAAGUCGGGGGUCUCGCCAAAGCUGUUUUGGACCAACGGCUAGAAACCUGUCCCAAGUACGAAGCCCCGGCUGCUCCUGAAAGCCAGCUUCUGGCCUGCCGGGUGUUUCUGAGCAGCGUGGUGAGCUGGGAACUCGGGAAGCUGCUCUUGUAG